AUGGCUUCAUUAAUGAAAAAUCUUGAAGAUCUAACUAUUGUAUGGCUUGAUGUUGAUCGGAUUCAUGAAAAUAGGGAUGAUUAUUUUGAUACGAAAACUAAUUUACGAGAAUGUAAUAAUUAUAUAGAAAUAUAUAAUGAUACUGAUGAGUGUAUUCAUGAUCUUUAUGUACAAUUGAACCAGUUAUAUAACGAAAAUAUUUCAUCAUUAGAAGAAACAUUGAUUGUCUACCGUGGACAAAGUAUAAGUUGUGACGAAUUAGAAAAAAUAAAAAACAAUGUGAAUGGUCUUAUUUCAAUGAAUACAUAUUUAUCAACAACUCGAAUAAAAGACUUAGCGUUAACAUACGCUGGAAAUGGUUCUAAUAGACCAUCGUAUGAAUCCAUAUUAUUUGAAAUUACGCUUGAUAAGAAUGUUGCUACUAAAAGUAAACCAUUAGCUGAUAUAAAAGAUAGGAGUUAUUUUGGCAUGGGAGAAGAAGAAAUACUAUUAUCAAUGGGAAUAAUAUUCAAGAUUCAAUCAGUUGAACUAUUAGUUGAAGAUGGUAUGGUUUGGCAAGUUAAACUGAUAUUAAAUGAAUCAGUAGUAAAUAAAGAAAUAGAAAUGUUAUUCAAUUAUUUGAAAACGAAUUCAACUACAAGUAUAUCAAAUAUUGGUACAUUAGGCUUACUAUUAGGCCAAAGGGGAGAUUAUGAGAAAGCGGAACGAUAUUAUCAAAUGAUACUGAAUGAAUUACCAGAAGAUCAUUGGGGAGUUCCAAUAAUUUUUAAUAAUAUGGGAGUAUUAUACAACGAUAUGGGUCAUAAUAAAAAAGCAUUAAAAUAUUACACAAAAUCAUAUGAAACUUAUCAAAUGCAAAAAGUAUCAGAAAACGAUAUUCUGUAUGCGAAUUUAUAUCAUAAUAUGGGUUCAUUAUAUUAUGAAGACAACGAUAAUAAAACUGCAUUGAAAUAUUUUACCAAAGCUUUUGAAAUUUGCCAUAAUAAUCCAACAUUACCAAGUCUUUUAUUAUCUGCAACAUUACACACAGAUAUGAGUGGAAUAUUUGAAGAUAAUGAAGAUUUUAAUAAGGCACUAGAAGAGCUGCAGUGUACGCUUAAAAUCCAAUUGAAAAUUUUACCGUCAAAUCAUUUCAGAAUUGCUGCAACAUACAAUAACAUAGGAGGCAUUUAUCUUGGUAAAGGUGACUAUAAAACAGCAUUACAAAAUUUUGAAAAAGCACUGGAUAUUGGAUUACAAUCACUACCACCUGAUCAUGAAAAUAUUCAAACAUAUAGUGAACAUAUAAAACUUGUAACAGAAAGACUGAACUAA